UUGUCACAAAAUUUAAUCAUCAAUAGUAUUAUUUUCAUCUUUGUAUGACUGCUACAAAUAGAAUACAUAAUCGAACUUAAAAUAAUUAGUUAGGCACUCAAUGACAAGCGGUAAGAUUAAGACGUGACAACCAAUUUCACUCUUUCUUCAUCACAAAUUUGCAGUAAAUUUUUUCAUAUUUUUCAUUUUCUGAUGAGAUGGCCAAUUCCGCCCACCACCGCCUCUGCACUGGCUCGCCAUUGCAGGGGCCUCAUAAGAUCAUGCGCUCAACGCUCAGAUAUUGCUGGCGGCCACAAGCUGCACGCCGCCGCCGUCACUACGGGCCUCCUCACCCUCCCCCAACUAUUCGUCGGCAACGUCGUCAUGCAAAUGUACGCUGCCUCUGGAGAUUUAUCGUCUGCACGCAAGGUGUUCGACGAAAUUCCUCUGACGUUUAAAGACGCCGUAGACUGGACCACGCUCAUUGAGUGUUGCAGCCACGGCGGCGCGGCGCUGGAUGCGCUGACCUUGUUCGUUGCGAUGCGGAGACAGGGCGUUCGGAUCGACGACAUCGCGAUGGUUUCGUUGUUCGGUACUUGCACUAAGGUGGGGAACAGUGUGUUCGGGAUCCAAGGGCAUGCUUGCAUGAUGAAGAUGGGUUUGGAUUUCUCCGUCAAAGCGCGGAACGCUGCGAUGGAUAUGUAUGUGAAAUGCGGGCUAAUGGAUGAUGCGAGGAAGAUGUUCGAUGAAACGCCUGAAAGAAAUGUGGUUUCGUGGACUGUGCUUUUGUGGGGUGUGACGAAAUGGGAAGGGUUGGAGAAAGGGAAGAAACUGUUUGAUGAAAUGCCUGAGAGAAAUGAGAUUGCUUGGACCAUAAUGAUCGCAAGGCACGUCGAGAAUGGGCUAAUUAGGGAGGCGUUUGAUCUUCUUGCUGAAAUGGUGUUCAGUUAUGGACUCCGCUUGGAUUCGAGUUCUUCCCUUUGCUCCAUAUUAUCGUCUUGCACACAAUCGGGGAGCGUUGCGAUGGGUAGAUGGCUGCACUCGUACGCCCUCAGGGCGACAACGGACGCAUCAACGGAUGUCAAAUUUGGCACAGCUCUGCUCGACAUGUAUGCAAAAUGUGGCCGUAUCGACACUGCUGUUCGAGUCUUCGAGUCUAUGGAGACGAAGAACGUGGUGACAUGGAACGCGAUGCUGGGUGGGUUGGCGAUGCACGGGAAGGGCGCUAAGGUUCUCACCAUGUUCGAUCAGAUGCUGGAACAGAUGAAACCGAAUGAUGUGACUUUCACAGCUGUUUUAGCCGCUUGCAGCCACUCGGGGCUGGUUGACGAGGGCCGGAGAUUGUUCCACACGCUUGAAGGCAUGUAUGAGCUUAGGCCAUCGAUGGAGAACUACGCGUGCAUGGUGGAUCUCUUGGGGCGAUCAGGGCGUCUGCAGGAAGCAGAGGCCGUGAUACGGGGCAUGCCAAUGAGGCCGAACGAGGUUGUGUUGGGGUCCUUGUUAGGCGCCUGCAGCGUGCACAGGGCACACGACGUGGCAGAGAGACUUCUCAAAGAUCUCACCCGAAUGUAUCCACACAGCACGGAGCACCACGUCCUGCUCUCAAACAUGUAUGCUUUGUCGGGGAAGACGGCCAGAGCUGAUGCCUUCCGGAAGGAUCUGAGGCAGAGAGGGAUCAGAAAAGUGCCCGGGAUGAGCACAAUGUAUGUGGAUGGACAGAUUCACCUGUUUGCUGCAGGGGAGAGGGAUCAUCCGAGGAUGAAGGAGGUGUAUAUGAAGCUGGAAGAGGUGAUAGGGAGAUUGAAAAUGGGUGGUUAUGUAGCGGAUACAAGCUCCCAAAUCGCGCACGGUGGCGGUGGAGACGAAGACGAAGAGAAGGAGCGAGCAUUGCUGUGUCACAGUGAGAAAUUGGCGGUGUGUUUUGGGCUGAUGAGCACCAAAGCUGGUACGCCUCUUUGUAUUUUCAAGAACUUGAGAAUUUGUGGAGAUUGCCAUUCUGCGAUGAAGAUGGUCUCCAAGAUUUAUGAUAGGGUGAUUACUAUUAGAGAUCGAAACCGUUUCCACACUUUCAAAAAUGGUUCUUGUUCUUGUUCUGAUUAUUGGUGACAACUAGUGUCAUUUUUGUAUUGAUCGUCUAUAUAAAUGACAUCAUCUUUUCCAUCUUUUCAGAAAAAAGGAAAUCAGAUAGUAUAUCGGAUUUGAUUCA